AUGAGUGGAAAGGGAUCAAACGGGGUUGAGUUACCCGGCGAUAUCGAGUUUAACAAGACUCCCGCAGCGAAGGUCCCGGCAUUUGGGACUAAUAAGGAUCGUGGAAUCAAGUUAAGCAAUUCUGCAGCUAUUCACAACGGUCCCCUUCCAGCCGAUGGUGCUGGAAACGAGAGCUUCUCCAACACCCUGCUAGCAAGCGCCCUUAUCGGAGUUCCUGGUCUCCUCACACUGAUGUUUAAGGGUGGAGUAAAAACAUUCGUACUUUUUGCCCUCAUCUUGGUCCUCCCUAUCCUCGUGGUCUUCUGGACCUGGAAAUCUUCCUGUAGUCCACCUACCAACAACAAAGUCAAGUUACCUGGCCGGCCGAUUGAGCAUUAUGUGACUUUCAAACGUGAAGAGGACCGGUCGAGGUGGAAUGGUAAAAACAAAAUACCCAUGCAAACUUUUGCAGAGAUGUACCUGGACGGCAAGGUGGAUUUCAAUGGCGAUACACUUGAAAUCAUGGAAUAUCGGCAUGAUUGGGCGAACUUCGCGUUUACCUGGGACUUGUUCAAGUUCAUCAUCUUUACCUUCUUCGUUGAUGUUAUCUUCCACACGAAGGCACAGGAUGAUGAGCAGAUCCGCCCGAACUAUGACCGUGGUAACGACCACUACGCAUGGUUCCUUGGACCUCGUAUGAUCUACACAUCGGGAAUUAUCUCAGACCCAGACCGAGAAGAAACCCUCGAGGAAAUGCAGGAUAACAAGAUGGCCGUUGUAUGUGAGAAGAUUGCCCUGAAGGAAGGUGAAACAUUGUUGGAUAUUGGCUGUGGCUGGGGAACUCUUGCCAGAUUCGCCAGUGUAAACUAUGGCGCCCAAGUGACGGGACUCACCAUUUCCGAGAACCAGACUGCUUGGGGCAAUGAUGCGCUCAGAAAGGCCGGUAUCACUGAGCAACAGAGUCGUAUCGUCUGUAUGGACUACCGCGAUAUUUCACACAAAAAGUACGACAAGAUAACGCAGCUGGAAAUGGGAGAACACGUCGGUAUUAGGAAACUCACGAGGUUCUUCCGCCAAUGCUACGAUAUGCUCAAUGACGAUGGAGCCAUGUAUGUGCAGCUCUCGGGAUUGAGACAGGCAUGGCAGUACGAGGAUUUCAUCUGGGGUUUAUACUUGAACAAGUACAUUUUCCGCGGCGCAGACGCCUCUACGCCCCUCUGGUACUACGUUAAGUGUCUAGAGCAAGCAGGAUUCGAGGUUAAAGGAAUUGAUACCGUGGGUGUCCACUACUCUGGCACGCUCUGGAGGUGGUACCGCAACUGGACUGGGAACUUCGACGAGAUCAAGGCCAAGUACGGACAAAGAUGGUACAGGAUUUGGGAACUCUUCCUCGCCUGGUCUGCUAUCGCAUCUCGUCAAGGUUCGGCCACCUGCUACCAGAUGGUUGUCGUUAAGAAUCUGAACUCAACACGCCGCAUUGAUGGAGUAAGCACUCAGUUUGGCCUGGACGGUGCUCUCGCUUCCAGCAGAAAGGCGGGCAAGUCACGACUGGCUUAA